UCCAAAGUCAAAAACUCAACAGACAGAGGAGGCAUUAGUUAAAAGCCAGAACACCCAAUCUGGUGAUUCUGCUCAAGAAUCUCCUCCAAAAUUAGAUCCCGUUCAAUCUGAAAAGGCUCAGGAAAAGACAGAUAAUUUGGAUGAACCUAAACCAGUCAUUGCUGAUCCAGAUUCUUUUCAGCCAGAGUCAAAUGAUGAGGAUUCAAAACAAAUGGAAGACUCAUCAGCAAAAGACCAGAAUCCUCAAUCAGAUCUUUCUGCUCAAAAUCCUGUUCCUGAAAAGUUAGAUCCUGAUGAAUCCCCAAAAAGUAACAAAGAGAUAGUUAACCCUGAAGAAGUUGCGCCAGAAAAAGGUUUGGGUGAUGGCAAGAAGAAGAGUGAAAAGCAUGAGGAAGAUAUUGAGGGGACACCCAGGAAUGGAUCUGAAAAUAGCCACUUCUUUGCCUACUUGGUGACCACAGCUAUUGUUGUUGCUGCACUAUACAUUGCCUAUCAUAAUAAACGAAAAAUUAUUGCUUUUGCUUUAGAAGGAAAAAAAUCAAAGAUAACCCGAAGGCCCAAAUCCAGUGACUAUCAGCGACUGGAUCAAAAGAUCUAAACCCAGAAGUUCCUGCAUGCUACUGUGUUGCAUGAGGACUCAUUUUGAAAAUGGCACAUAGCAACAUGGGCGAUGUCCAGCCUUCCAUCAGUACAGCCUCAAAGCCUAUUGGCUGUGCUACUGUGCCCAGGGGGCGGGAGCAACAAAAGUGCUUUUAAUUGUGCACAUGCACUUUGCCCAUUGUCAUGCUUCAUUUAUUCUUUCAAAGCCCUGAGCUGUUUAUUCCCCUUUCAGUGACUUGAUGUUGGACUGUUUUCUCCCACAUUAUGACGGAGAACCAAUGGACAGCGCUCUGUGUGUUUCCCCAAAUGAUGCGGUACUUACUGUCUGUCAUAUUAAUCCUAAGGAAAGUUGAAUGAGCAGUGUGACUUUGUCUCCUAGAUUCUGGGUGUUGAGUUCAUUGUCGACAUUACAAGUUUGGAACAGAGUUUAUGAAGGCUGUUGACUAUUGUCCCUAGAGAGCUCUGUUCCACCGAGACAUGUGUUGCCCGAUACACUGGUUGAAUAUCUCCUGUCUGUAGAUGGCAAUAUUGAGAAAUGGAUAUCCAGCACUGCCUGUCUUUCUUAAGUGUCAGCGUAUGUGAAAUACUGGAGUUUUAAUGCUUGGCUUAAUACUUCCCAAGUCUCGUGUUGAUCAAUUAGAUCAGUUGCUACUUUUCUGAUUGCCAGACUGUAGGUAAAAUUAUUCUGUUUGAAGGAAUGUUGACUUCGAUAUUCUUCUCCCACCAUGUCCUGCCAAGCAUUUCCAUUAAUUAAGAUCUUUCCAAUCCAUACUGCCACAUUCCCAUGAAGAUCUCAGAAGGAGAGCAAUCAUGUUGGGACUGUUGUAAUCCACUGCAAAUCUGAUGGCAAUAUGUCCUAUUCAGAACCAAAAUCUGCCAUUCUGGCAGGAGACUGACACUCACUUUUGAAUCCAGGAAAUGAAUUGCUUGUGUAAAUCUUUAUUGGUUUACCCCACCCAUGUUCAGAGUGUUGCAUUCAAUACGAGGGGCACUUGGAAUAGAUCAAUGGCAUCGUUCAUAGAGACAUGGCAGAAGAUGGUAGUUCAAGAGAUGUGUGGUACUUACAUAUUUUUCCCCACUAUCUGAACUUGGCACUAAUUGCAUCGGCAGCCCUGUAAUAUGAAGUAGCUUUUUCAUGUUGUUGCUGGCUUGAGUUUGUCCUGUGGCCUUUAUAUUCUUCUCUUAAGUUUAUGUUCUGCGUGGGAUGAGAAAGUGGAGAAAACUAAACCGAAGGUCUGCCUGAGGAUUACUUUGAUUUUGUUUCCACUUUCACUUAGUGGGCUUAAUUUUAUCCUGCAGUGAGAAGCCAAAUUGCCUUGAGUCUUCAUCAAAUGAUAGGACAUUUAACCUUCCUCCCCAACUCCCUGGCCACCAUGCAGAGUCCUUCUGCACUUCCUUUCCUUAGUUUCGGCUGGUGGUUACAGAAUAAGACAGUCAAAUAGACUUUUAUCUUUUCAGGCAGGCCAAACCAUUUCUAAAUGCUCCUCUGUAUAAAAUAUUGCCUGCAGAUAGAAACGUUACCCCCCAAAAAAAAAAAAAAAUCUUGGGCAACCUCUUAUCAGCUGUACAGGUCCUAAUUUGCAAGCAGUUUUGUUUACACAGAGAAGCAUUCAGAACGGAUCCUCUCCCAUCAUCCAGCAGCUUGGAGUGCAACCUCAUUCUGGCUCUGAAUAGACUAAGCCAGGAAAAUCACUUGAGUGCUGGAGCUUAAAAUCUAGGCCUUUAAAUUACGUAAAUGGGGGAAGUACAUUGGUUUCUUUGGAAACUCACCUGCUGACUUUUGUAUCUGGUUAAUGUGUAACCUUACACAUGACAAAAUGUCAGAAGAUCAGUACUGUGGGACAUUUCCCGGCCAUAAAAUGGCCUUUAUUUUCUUGGAACUAGCAGAUGACUGUCAAUCCCUGCAUAAAGUGUAGAUUUCUGGAGUGCAAUAGAAACUUUGGACUUAAAUUGUUAGCAUCACGGGUGGAUGAUUUCUAUCAUUGUGCAUGACAUAAAAUACUUAGUCAUUUUCUUAGUUAUGAAAGAAUUGUUGGAAUUUAAUAAAUUUUGUGGCAUUUUCAUUUUAGGCAUGAGGUUAAAGUUUAAAUAGAUAAAAGCUUGCUUCAUAUUCUUUGUGUUCAGAUUGUAAUAUUUUUUAAAAUCUCAGUUCAAUUGAGUUUCAUUGCUGGAUUGCUCUCUUGCCAAAUGUAAGUCAGCUCUCUUCCCUGUUUCAAACCACAAGUAUGUAUGUUUUUGGAACUGACAGCUUUAAAAAAAAGACACCUUAAAUGUUCAGAUUUAUUUUUUAAUCUUUGUAAACUUAGUGAACAAAAUAAAUGGAUACACCAUA